AUGGUUGUGACAUUUCCUAUAGAGACGCCGGCCCAAAGGCAGGUGUUAGGUGUGGCUAUCGCCUUCUCUAUCCUCGCCGUGAUCGCAGUAUGUCUGCGACUGCUAGCUCACCAGAUUGCGCAUAAAAAAUGGAUUCCGAGUGAUUAUUUCAUAAUUGCCGCCGCUAUAUUCGCCGUCGGCCUCCAGUCUAUUAGCAUCACCGGCGUGAUACAAGCGGGCAUCGGUUAUGACCAUGUCACUACAAUUGCAGGCGAAUAUGGACUCGAGCCUAUCACCAAACUUCUCAAAUUGAUCAUCCCAUUGCAAUUUCUCUGGGUUCUCAGUCUGAGCUGUACAAAAGUCUCCAUCUUGUUGCUAUAUCUUCGCAUCUUCCCCGUCACUUGGGUUGUGCGAAUUUCCUGGACAACAAUCGGUGUGAUCAUAGCGUGGACUAUUGGGACAAUACUGGCGGGCUGUCUGAUCUGUCGGCCCUUUGCCUUUAACUGGGACCAAACUAUUCCCGGGGGAUCAUGCGGAGACCAGGUGACCUCAUUCACGGUGACGGGAGUUAUAAAUCUUGUUACCGAUGUUGUUGUGCUGGUCACACCUAUGCCGCUGCUGUAUAAUCUGCAAAUGGCUAGCUAUAAGAAAGUGACAUUCAUCACUAUUUUCGGGCUGGGAGCAGUCACAUGCAUCAUCAGCAUUCUUCGUAUCUCCAUACUCUCCACAAUGGACUUCACCGACAUCACCUACUCAAUUCCCCGUGCCAACAUCUUCAGUGGCCUGGAGCCCUGUCUUGCUGUCAUCCUCGCUUCCGUCCCUAUGAUGCGCCCCCUCCUGGGGCGCUCAACAUACACACCCGAAUUGACAGCUCGCCCAUCUAAUAAAUCUUCGGCCCCGUCUAGAAGAUCUGGGUCCACUGGCGAUAGCGAGUUUCAGCCCCUGCAGGAUGACUCGAGUGAGCUGUGUUUGCGGCCGAUUGGGCCCAAGCAUGAGGUUGGCGUCGCAGUUGAAAAGUUCACAGAUACGAGAAAGAUAUGCUGUAGGGGUAAGAAAUCCCUUGAAGCUGCAGAAAGGAGGGAUAUGAAUCAAAAGCAGAACGGACCUUCUGGGAUUUCAGUGAAGCAGGAAUGGGCUGUAUAUCUUUUUGCGUUGGUGAUCCAACUAUGCUGGAUUGCUCUCGGGCUUGCUCACGAAGACGCGACAAUUGUUUGUUUACCUCCCACAAAGAACCACUACGCUACUGAAGAAUCUAACAAAAGCCAGACUAUCCCGUGGGUCACAGAUGCACCCGAUUACUUCCAGGGCUAUGGAGGCAAGGCCAUUGGCGCCAAAGAUGCAACAACAACGUAUGGAAUCAACUGUCUCUCUGACAAACCAGACUGCCACAGAUUUAAUCCAGAUCUGACCGUUAUCUAUGGACCCAACACAUAUGACAUGGUUGCCAGCGGCUACAAGUUUGAUUUUACCUCAGGCUGCACACUCAUGGGCUCUCCAACACCCACAGGGGCAUCCUGCACUGAAACCAAGUCAUCGCAUCAAAGUAAUGUUGUCAACUCGGCCACAGUGCUUGUUCCAGCCACUGGAGCCGACUCCACUCUCGGGAUUUUCCCGGCAACCUUGAUCGUAACGGAUACCGGAGAUUUCCCGCCCACUAGCACGACUGAAGCCAAAUCUUCUUCCACUUCCGAUGUUUCACCUACUGACGGAAGUUUGACUGCGCCUGCGACCGCGACAGCUGAUGUUAACUCUGCCUCUUCCGUUGAUGGAACUGUGACUGCAACCGGUCCCCCAUUUGUGUUCUUGAAUGCGACGGCCAUGACAACUGGUGCUCCAACCUAUUUUGGAAAUGGGACUUCACCGGGUGGCAAGAAUAUCUCGACAGUGACGAGCGCUCGGGCCACUGUUACCGUCCCAUUGGCGAUGAAAAACCAUGCUAUCAAGAAGGCUGCGCCCGUGGCAUUGAUUGGAUUUAUGGCUGGCGCUAUGUUCUGGAUUUAA